CCAGGGCGCAGGCUCGCGUUUGCGCCGGCGGCUGGGCCCUCGGGAGUCACCCUCAGGUCUUUGCCCCGCGCUGCCGGCUUCGCCUUCUGCCUCUCCGCGCUUCUCCUUCCCCGGACGGGCUGGACCCUGGCGGAGCAUCUUGUGACUUUUGACUUAAUUGGUCAUUGAUAUCUCAGCAAGCAUGGAGAUAAGAUUAGAAGUUUUGACUUCAACGAGUAUCAAGCAGAAAAAACCCUGGCCACGAGUCUCCUGGUUGGGACAGGAAAAUGAAGCUGUUUUUCUUUUGGAUGAUAAAUUCAUAAAUGAAAUUAAUUUGCUAUCAGGAAGGACAAAGAAGAAAAUUCCCAGUCUCCAGCCUUUGUUGAAGGAUGUUACAGUCCUAACAACGUCCAGUAAUGAUGCCUGGCUGGCUGGGGUACUUGCUACAGGGGAGCUUUUCCUCUGGAACAAAGAUCAAGAUUGUUUGAAAACUAUACAAGCAACUGAAAAGCCUAAAGAAAUGAUUAAAGCUGCAGUAGCAAGCUCAUUGAGACUGUACUUGUAUGUAUCUGGCAAUGGGAAAAGAGUUCUGCUUAUAACUCCUUCUGGAUGCAUAUUUCUUUGGGAACAUUUGGAAUUCAAGAAUAUCUUAUCUUCUAAAAGCCCUUCAUUGGUGGGCCAAUGGUCCCAGAUCAUACCUGAAGAAGCAGUUCAUUUGCCUUCCACUGAAGAUAAAGAAGCUGUAGUGCAUGCUGUCUUUAUAAAAAAUGAGUUAUUUGGAGACUGCUGCUUGUGUUCAUUUACUUUCUAUUCCGGGGAAUGCCUGAAGUUAACAUUUCUAGCAAUUCGGUGGCAUGAAAAUGUAUUUACAUCUAUAAGAUCAUUGACUUACGAUGUUCAGUGGGCACAACAAGAUUGCCUUCUGUGCAGUCUGAUUCCUAAAUGUGAAUCAGUAAAGUCAAGAGGAGCUCUAAUUUCUGCAUUUUCAAGAGAUGGCAUUACCCUGGCAGUAACUCUUAAUCAGAAAGACCCAAAGGCAACUCAGGUAUUAUUUAUAAACACACUGAAUUUUGUUACACUCUGUGGUAGCCUUAAAGGAUGUAGUAAUAAGAAUCCUGUGGUUCCAGCUACACUUAUCAGGUCCUACUGGGUAGGUGAUAUCAGCUGGACUCAUGAUAGUCUUUUUCUGGCUUGUGUGUUAAAACGUGGCUCCCUGGUUUUAUUGACCUGCCAAGGUGAAUUGCUAACGUUAAUUACAUUUGGUUGCUCUAUAGAAUUUGGGCCAGCAGAAUUUAUUCCUCUUCACCCACUAAUAACAUAUAGACCACAGCAGUUUACACUUCAAGAUUCAGAUAAUUCUGUAGAUUCAUCAGCUUCUGAUAGUGACCCUAUGAGACAGAGAUUUUCUAUAAAAGCACAUUCACGGUUACCCUACCUCAUUAUUUCUGAUGGAUACAUGGUCACAACCCUUCGAUUUCUUGAUAAUCUGUCUCCAUCAAUGCUCAUGAGAUCCCUUCUACUUGAUUCAACACAGAGGCUUGAGAAAACAUACCAAAGUUUGAUAUUGUCUAAGCCAAAAGACCAAGGGCUGAACUUGCAAUCACUGGAUUCCCUAAGAUCUAGCUUGUUAAAACACCACAGAAAUGAAAAUUUAGCUGAUUCUACUGUUCCCAGAUUCUUGCAGGCAGAAGAAACAAUGAAGUUAAAUGAAAAAACAGCAGAUUUGCAGGAUUUUGAAGCCGAAGAAACUAAUGAAGGCGAACAUUUUCCAAACAACUUAUUUUCUUUUUGGAACCAAAAGAAGGAUCUAUUGUUUAGUAGUGCCAAAGAAGGAAGACUGGAAUUUGCUUCUAUGUUUGAUACCAUACAUGCAAAAGAUAAUACUGAGGAGACAGAUAAAACUGUUACAGAACUGCAUUCUGUUCAGAAAAAUCUCCUUGCAGCAUGGACUAUAGGAAUUUCAAAAAAUGUGACAGAAAAAAAUUUAAUGUUAAAUUACACAGUAGUUUGUAUCACUCAUUUUUUGUACAUUCUUCAAUUUAUAAAAUGUCCUUUCCCCAAACUUGAUCUUUUUUUAAGCAAGAGCCCAAGACAUAAUGCAUGGGUACUUUGUAUCUUUCAACUUUUUCAUCAGUGUUUAUCAAUCCAGUACUGGGAUAUGAGAUACAGACAAGAUGUAGGACAUUUGGUAAAGCUGACCUCAAAUACUAUAAAGCUUUUGCUGACACAGCAACAACAGAAUCAGUUAUUCUCAAAGAAGCUUUUAGCCUGUUUUCAUUUACUCAGAAUGGUAGCUGAUCAUUUAAAUGGCGUAUACAGUCUUCAACCAGAAGUUAUUUCAGCAUCAACUGAUGGAAGUAGAACAGCAAAGCAAGACUCAUUGGUGGUACCCAUUUUUCAAAUGUUUCAAGAUAGUGGUGCUUGGAAAAACUGGUCUUGGAAUUCGUCUUUCAAGAUUCGUCCUCAAGUAUUAAAUUUUGUUCAACAGCCAGGACACAGAUUGAUUGUUCUCUGGAGAGUAUUGUACAGAAAAACUUUAUGGUAUCAAACACAAUUAAGUCAAAGAGUUCCUGAAGAUGACAUACAGUUAACUGAAAAGAUGACACAUGAAGCAUCUACUGUCAAGUCCCUGUUAUGUCAUAUACAGGCUAAAUUGCAGACUGCUGGAGUUCUCUUGAACCAGACCUUAGAACUUAAAUCUAUCAAUGGGGACGAGUGUUUCCUAUUAGGAUCAUAUGAAAAGUCUGUUCAACUAUGGAAGAAAGCUCUUCAAGAAACCCAAGAGAAAGGAGGAAGAAGGAUAUGUUUUCUUCAGAUACGCUAUUAUCUUUCCCUUUUGUACUGCCACCUCUAUAACUAUAAUUUAAAUGAUGCUCAAGGAUUAUGUGAUCAGCUAGUAAGAGAAAUACUGAUAUGGUCCCACCUACCUGUAAAAGAAGAUGAAGAUUGUUCAGUUCCUGAGAAGUCUCAUUGUGAGUUUGGAGUGACUGGAAACGUUCAUCCUGAGGCGGCGGUGAGGGUUGUCCAGUCCAUGGCCCGCUUCAUGGCUUCCUAUUUCACCAAUCAGCUGCUUUGCAUUUUGCCACCUCACAAUGUGAAUGUUCUUCCUCCCCUUCAUAUUAAAACAGAGCAGCCCUUUCGACUUAUUCCUCUGCAACACUCGAAGGUGGCCAGUGUUGUUAGAGAGCAGAAUCUUUCUAAUGUGUGGACAGUUGAAUAUGCCCUUGAAUUAUUAUUUAUUGGUGGCCUGGUUCCAGAAGCUGUGUGGUUGGCACAGAAACUUGGAGACUGGAAGACGUCUGUUUCCAUUGGUGUGGCCUUGCAGCUGUUCUGUAAACAUGAUAGCAAUUUCACAAGGUCCAGGAAAAAGGGUCUGAAUCUACCGUUAAAUAUGACUCCAGCACAGAUUUUCCAGGAAAAACUGCAGUGUUUUUUAGGUCAGCCGGCCUCUUUGGAAGCAAAAAAAGAAAUGGGCUCAAAAUACAAACAGUUUACAGAUCCCAUUGAAGAAGAAGAUGCAGAUCUGCUAUUUGGUUCUGUGCAGGAAGUACUGAAAGCAGCAGUUAUGGCUGAUGCAGAUAUUCUUUCAGAGACAUUUCAGCUUCUGAUAAACUCUGCCAAGGACUUCAGUCAGAGACUGUGGGGCUUAGUGCCGGUCGGCUUGUAUCUUCCAGCUCCUCCAUUAUAUUGUCCUCAGCCAGCUAUUCUUAGUGAAGAAGAUGGUGAUGAUCUUCUUUUAAAAGCUGAAAAAGAUAAUCGCCAAAAGGUGUCUGGAAUCCUUCAACGUGUCCUCUUGCUUUUCCGGGCAGCUCGGUGUUCUUUUCCUGUAGCACAGUGGUACAUCUUGCAGUUGAGAUGGGCAAGAAAAGUCAUGCAGAAGAUUCGAAUGAAAGGAUCCCUUCCUUCAUUGAGUCCUUUCCCUCAGUCGUUACUUAAUUUCUGUAAAGGAGGUGUAGCAUUCUUUCGACCCGGGACAACUGGAGACCACAAGCUUGAUGAAGUGUCCAUUAAAGCAAUAGGUUGCUUCAGAGAACUUUGUGCUUUGUGUUGGAUGCUGCAUGUCCGUGAUAAGUUAUCCUAUAGUUGCAGGCAAUAUCAGAAGGCAAGGGAAAAUGUGGAGGGAAAAAAGGACCUCGAAGUGAAGUUUGAUUCUUGUAUGGUUGAGCACUGUCUCAGUGCAGUGGAAUGGGCUUGUAGAAUGCUACCGUUCUCUCGGUUUUCCAAUAUUGAAGAACUUAUUCAGGAUCUAAUUUUGAGCCUCAUUGGAGAACUGCCACCAAUCAGAGAGGUAGCAGAAAUUUUUGUGAAAGCGUUUCCCAAUCCUGAGGACAUAAGGGUUCCUGUAAGAGAAAAAUAUCACUCUCUUCAACAGAGACUCAGACACUAUGUUGUGAAAGGUCCCCAAACUCAGGAAAUGAUGUCUGUUAUCAUGCAUUCUAUCCAUAAAGUGAGGGUGAAAGCUCUGAAACGUGUGCAGAGAAAUAUAGGUUCUUUUGAGAUGAAUAUAUGGGAACCAACUGAAGAAGAAAAACCAGCUGAGGUUCUAGGUUUUGACAAGUUUUCCUUGGGAACUAGUUUGAGCAGGAGCACACUCACAGAACCAGGGAAUUCUGUGGUCCACAGUGAUGCAGAUACAGCUGAUACUUUCUCAGAAGCUUUGUUGGUUGGAGAAAAAAGGAUACAUUUCUCUCAAAGAAAUGCCCCAAAUCACAUGGAAUUAACAUUGAGUGGUGAGCCCAAUGGAAAAAAGAAAAUAUGUAAUCAGAAGGAAAACCCUAAAAGAAAAGAAGAUCAUGAAAAGUUGUUACAAAAUGCACUUCCUGUAAUAGGUGUUUGGGAAUUUGAACGUGACGAUGAUGAAUAUAUUAAAUUCCUUGAACUCUUCUUGAGUUAUGUUCUUGAAAGAGACCUACUUGGUUCCAAGGAUGCUGGCAUUCCAUUUCUAACUAGCUUUUCUGGACAUCUUAGAGAACAUGAACUUAAUUCUUUACUUUUUGAUGUACAUACAACAUUAAAACGACGUCAGGGCAAAACCAAAAGCCAGAAUGUAUUUAGAGCUGGCUCUUGCUUUGUUGUUGCUCCUGAGUCGUAUGAGUAUGAAAACUCAGAAAACCAGACACUUUCAGCUUCUGUACUGGUUAAUCAAGGGAUCAGGCCUUUUUUAGAGAACUCUUUGAAUGAAGUCAGUAAAAAUGAAGGGAAGAGUGGGUUGUUUGGUUUAAAACAGAAGUCAUUUUACAGAAUACAAGAUGACAACGCAGAGAAAACUUUAAUACAGAGAUGGUCAAACCAUAGUUUUUACACUCCCAAGUCUGUUGAAACUAGAAGAUGUAUUUUCAAAGCAAUUCAACGCAAUGAUAUUAACCCCCGAGAAGAUCUUCCUCUAGCACUAAAUAACACAUUUGGCAGUAUAAGAAGGCUGUUGGAAUGGAUGAUAAGAUGGUCUGAUAGAAGACUGCUCUGUGAUUUUGGUCUCACCGCGUCAUCCUGUGAGUACAGUCCCAUCAUUCGUGUAAAGACCUCUACAGCUGCCAUUCUUACAUCAUUGUGGCUUUUGAAACAACCCUAUUUUGCUACAUAUAAGGCAAAAAAUGCCAUUAUUAAGGUGCUAGAGAAUAAUUACCCUGAGCCUCAGAAUGGACCCAGUAUAGAGAGUGAUUAUAAAACAGAUGCUGGUUGUUCUGUUGCAGUAUCCACUCAAGGUGGGAGUGAGGAAAGAAAUGAUCAGAAUGAAUCUUGUCAAAGUAUCUUGAAUAGAAUGCCAACUGAAGUAAAAAAUCCCGAAAUAAAAGGAACCAAUGAUGAAAUUAUUUCUGUCACUGAUGAUACUGAAAAGGUAUUUGGAGAUAUUGAGGAGGAUCUUUUAGAAGUAGAAACAUUUGCACAGGAGGAAAUGGAUAUAUACCCAUCAGACUAUGAAGAGGAUGCCAAAGAAUCUGUUGGAAUUGUUAAAAGUCCCAGUAUUGCGUCUUACAUGCAGAUGCAGACUUUACCACAGCAUUUAGAAGAACAUUCCACAGGAGAGGUUCAGUGUCCAAGGGAAGAAGUGUUAGAGACAUGUGUGGAGGAAAAAUCAACUGAACAGAAAGGAAUGAUCGAAGGCUUUAUAGAUCCAGAACACAUCACUCCUCAUUCAUUUGGUGUAGAUACAAGUUCAGAAGUUUCUAGUGCACGGAUCUCUGCAUGUAAAGAUAAAUCUUCCUCAGCUCCACCUUUGGUAUCAAAUAGAGUCACUGUUGCUUCACAAACACCUGGGCCAACAGCUCAGCCAACCCAGAGAAACGAACCCAGGGCUCAGUUAUCACAUUAUUCCGAUUCUGUUAGGGAAAUGCUCCAAGAUGAAAUGUUUAAAUUAGUUCAGCUGCAACAGAUCAACUUCAUGAGCCUAAUGCAAAUAGUAGGAUCAUCCUUUGCUAACCUCCCGGAUAUACAUCAACUUCUACAGCAGUCUCAGUCUGUGCAUUUGGUGGGAAGCCAAGGAUCAAACCCCACAAGAGGGAGUAAUGAUGUUGAAGACACCAGUAGAAAUCUGAAGGAGAGAUUUUUCGUUAAACCACAACCCAUGGGAGAGUACACCAGAGAGCCUGGCAAGAACAGCCCACACUGCCAUAAAGGAAUUGUGCAAUCUGAUGAAAAUAGUAAUGGAAAUUUACAGAAUGUUCCACAUAGGAGUGUUCCUUUUUGUCAAUUAGAAGGCCAAACCCAGAAUAGAGGACUAACUCCACAAUCUCAGAGCUUACCAACCACUUCAUUGUCUCCAGCCCCUGCUGGAAAUACUCACCUCCACCUUUUGUCCACGUCUUCUGCCACUCUGAAGACACCUGAACUUAUCCCCACUGCAAAAACUUUCAGACCUGGUGAUGGUUUUCCUUUGCUUCAAUUUCAGCCCAAGCCUGAAUUUAAGCCCCUUUCCUUCCAUACAGAAAGAGUUCCUCAAGUUCCCUUCAGUCUUCCGCCACAGCCAAGAGUGGCUUGGGGAUUAUCUGAUUUCUUCCAGCCUCCUUUGCCAAAGAGAGCAAUGGACACUACUUCAAUGUCCCAUUUGAAUUUGAGCCAGUACAAUACUGAAGCCAUAAAAAAAGCAGUUGAGCAGAAGAAGUGGGCAGAGACAAUAAUUACAGAAAUUCCUAAGCAUGUGAACUUGGAUCAGUACGUUGGACAAGAAAACUUGACACCUCAGCAGGACUCUGCAACAUUUAUAAAACCAGAAAAACUGUUUGAUGUUAAGCCAGGGCCCUUUGAGAUAUCUCCUCAGAAUUCUUUUGGACUUCCAUUAUUGCACCUGCAACUUAAACCUCCUUCUGUAUUUUCCUCUGCCUCAAGAGCAUCAGUUACAGUUCCAUCAAUACCUAUUAGAACUGUAGCAGAAGAAAGCAAAUACCCAAGACUAUCACUACUUCAUUCAUGUCUAUCCCAAGAAAAUAUGUACCAAAACCCACAACUUAUUCCACUUGAAAACCUUAUUGCAUUUAAACAAAUGCAACAAAAAUUAACGCAUAAUUUAUUUGAACAAGGCGAUCCUGGACACCUCCAGCUUCUACAAGUCAAAAUAGAAUCAUCUGAAUUGAGACAAGGAAAGGACAGUAAAAAAAGACAAAGACGACGAGCUGAAAAAGAGCUGCAAGAAAAAAGAUCAGAGAAACUAAGGAGAAAACCAAGUGUGACUUUCCAACCAGAGACUUUCAUCAUUAAUGAUAAUGAUUCAGAAAUAGUUAUGAAGCCCAAGGAGCAACAACAACAUCAUGGUUCCCAGCCUUUGGAAGACUUUGACAUUCCUUUUGAAAAACUCCAGGAUAAUGUUAAUACAUCAGCUGGAUUGCAUUUCAUGGCCUCUGUAAAAAAGAAAGUUAAAGGAUGUCAGGAUGCAAGUACAAAUACAGACCCAGAUAAAGAUGCUGCUUCUCAAGAAGUUGUUUCUGAAUGUCAUAAAAAUCAGCAAAUCAUUUCUUCCUCAUCAGAACAUGAAUCUUUCAAUGUUCCUCAACUUUUGGCACCAGAUGUAUAUCUGAAUCUCAAACUUUCCACUGAAAUACCAGAGGAACCUCUGUCACCUUCAGCAAGUGAAACGAUUGGGCACACUUACAUAAAUGUGAUUGACAUUGAAGCUGAUGAUCUACACAAAUUACCUGUUAGAGAAAAGCCUUCAGAUGAUAAUAGUAUCAAACAGCAAAGCGAUCGUCUAGAAGUCCCAUCUUCUGCAGAAUUACAUUACAUGGCAGCUUCAGUUACUAAUGCUCUUCCCCUGCACAAUUUUAAGAGUCAAGAAGUGUCUCCAACCUUUCUGGAUGGAAGAAGCUGGAGAGCAGGCAUUCCAGAAGUGAAGGAGCCUUGCAUCACCUCACCUCCACCAUCAGACAUACAGCAGGACAAAGAUACUCCGAAGCCAGAUCUUCGAUUCAAGGAACCAAGCUCAAAGUCAGAUGCCUCAGAUUACCCUCUGUGGGAACUACUACAGGAUGUCUCUGCCACUCGUCCUGCACCAAGCUCUGCAGCUCGCCGACUCGAGCAUCUCACCUCAAAGCUUCAGAAAAUUGAUGAACAGCUGUUAGCAAUACAGAACAUUGCUGAAAACAUAGAGCAGAAUUACCCGAGACGUAUCAUGCUAGACCGACAUUGUAUUAAGGUUGAACCUGUAGAUCACAUUGAGCUGUCUUCUGGCCCUGAAUCUGAAAAAACACUGCCUUCAAAAACCAUUAACAUUCCUGAAGAAGUGCAUUUCCUGACUCAUACGAAUAAAGAAGAUCAAAGGGACAACGAACAGAUUUCAGUAACGGAAACUCAUCCUAGUCAGAAAACCUGUGUGUUUCCUUCUGCCGAUUCAGCUGUCAGCCUUUCCAGUGACCAGAAUUUGACUUCUCCUGGUGUGAAUAACAGUGAUGAAUUAUUUGAGAGUGUUUCAGUAGAUCCGCUCCAGAUGAGUGAACUGACUGAUAUUGCAGACAUUAUCAAUGACCUUAUAACAAAAGAUGGAGUUUCCAGUGAAGAGCUUGGCUUAACAGAACAACAGGCGAGGAGCAUCUCCAGGAUUCAGCAUUCCUCUGGUAGACGUCCACAAAGAACUGAGAAGGAGAGAAAAGAGAUUCAAGUCUGGAUGAAAAGAAAACGAAAAGAAAGAAUGGCAGAGUACUUAAAUCAGCUAGCAGAAAAGAGAGGGCAAGAACAUCGUCCUUUCUGCCCCAGGAGCAACCCAUUUUACAUGACUUCAAGGGAAAUCAGGCUGAGACAAAAGAUGAAGCACGAAAAAGACAGAUUGCUACUCUCUGACCACUAUAGUCGUCGAAUCUCACAAGCAUACAGUCUGAUGAAUGAACUGUUAUCUGAAUCAGUACAGCUUCCAGCAACUGCACAGAAACCAUUGCCUAACAAACCCAGACCUGCUCAAAUUCCCAGAAGGCAAUGCUCCCUUUCUCCAAGAGGAGAGAAUCGACAUGAUCACAAUUUUCCAAUACAUAGACCUGGAAAAGUCAGAUAUAUAUCCAUCAAACCAAGUUAUACUCAAAAGGGGAGACUUUUGGGGCAAACUCAAGGCUCACCCUGGCCAUGUGGAACUGCUACUUUUACCAUACAGAGGAAAGCUGGUGGAGCCAAAGUGGCAGUAAGAAAGGCUGUGCAGUCUCCAGUUACCGUCCAAAAAGGGUCUAAUGCUCCCUGUCUGCGGUGUACAGAAAAUCACACAAGUGCUGGUCUUGCCCCUCAAACCAAGGAGGUAUGUUUAGAGUAUGAGAGAGAGGAGACUGUGGUGAGCCCCUGGAUGGUACCUUCAGACAUCCGUGCGAUUCUGUAUGAGAGUCACAGUUCCCUUCUACAGGACUCAUCACCAACUGAAGAAAAGCCAGAGCCUCCUUUUGGGGUGGGUGGCACGGACAGCUUGUCUGAGAGCACGGGCAGCAUCCUCAGCAAGCUUGACUGGGAUGCCGUCGAAGAUAUGGUGGCCGGUGUGGAGGACAAGAGCCCGUCUGUCCACCGGGCCCUGGACCUGUAAGACCUGAAUGUCACUCUGCUUCCACGCAAAGGCCAGCAACUCAGUGUUGUAGUUCUGAAAGAUUUGUGGGUUUAAGGGAGAGAAGCAAUGAAAGAAGCAAUGUGAAUUUACCACCUGCAGGCAUAUUAUUACCUGGAUUAGACAUUUUAAGAGGAAAAAUAAACAUUUCUCAAUAAGUUUGCCUUCGAGGGAAAGGGGUUUACUAUAGAUGUGUUAUAUGUUUUUGCAUUUGACUUAUUAUCUUUAGGUAUAAUUUUUUAAAUGAUGAAAUAAACAGUACCUUUCAA